UAACGUAAUUUUUUGUUUACAUAAAUUUUCUAUCACUUUGGAUGCUGUUCGAAACAGUACGUAAAGCUAAGCAGUAAUAAUAUAAUUAUCGAGUUUUCUGCUUGUUGUCGAUAGAUUAAUAACAUUACAAUUACACCUUUGGUGCCAUAAUAAACAUAAAAACUGCCAGUAGAAGUUUUCACCUACUAGGCGGUGAAGAAGUAACGUUACAACAAAACAAAAAGAAGUGUACACAAAUAUUAAAAAUUGCUACAUAAUGCAAUGCCGUGCUUGUUUGCAAUCGAAUUGCAAUAUCCUAAUUGAAAUGGACGUUUUGGUCUCGCAGGAAGGAGAAACACUUUACGAUUACUUCAAUGCAUGUACACAGCUGCAUACCUCGGCAUGUGAUGGACUUCCGAAAACAUUGUGCAAGAAUUGCACUCAAAAACUACACAUGGCCUAUGAUUUUAGAAAAUGUGCACUUCAAUCAAAUGAAGAAUUAAAGUCUCUUUUACAACUACCACAUAUAAAAUCCGGGCUAAAUAGAGAAUCUUCAAAUUCUAUGUUCGUAGAGAACCAAUCCGCCGACCCACUAGAGAUGAAGUUUAACGAUGCUCUGAAGGCAUUAAAAUCUCCAGAGCGUGUAGACGUAGCUUCGACUGAUAUACGUAACGAAGUAAAAUUGGAAAUUAUGAUUCCGGAUGAUAGUUGUAAUUCAGAACUCCUAUUGGAAGAUAUGACGGCAGAGAACAGCAGUGAAUCCGAAAUAGUUUCGGAUAAUAGUUCAUCAGCGGAUAGCGUUCAAUCAGAAUCAAACUUAGAUGUGGAAAGGCAAGUCUAUAACGAUAAAUCAAUCAAGAUUAAAGUAGUAAAUCAAUUGGAUUAUAUGGCAGACGAAAUCAGUAACUCGGAAUAUGAGAAUUGUAGCACUGAGAUUUUUAGCGAAGUUACUACCUUAAAUCGGAAACCGUCGGCAGAAAAAGAAAUUUUUACUGAAGAGUUUGAAGGGCAAGCGGAAUAUUUAGAUAGCUACUCAGAGGCUUUUACACAUUACAAAUGUGAAUAUUGCAGUGAUGCAUUUCAAUCUGAUAUAGAACUACAAAAUCAUAUGAAGAGACAUAUAUUUAAAUGUACAGAUUGUCCGAAAAUUUGUAUCGGUGCAGGUUAUUAUUAUAAGCAUUUAAAACGUUUGCACCACAAAGAGGUCCCAGCGAAACAAGUUCUUAUCGAAGGUGCCGAAAGAAGAGAUAAUGAACGAAUAUACUGUAAAUUAUGCAAUAUAUCCUAUAGCACUGUCAGUCAUUAUCGCAGACAUGCUGUGAAGAGACAUGGCUUUGAUUCUUCGGUAAAAAAUUCGAAAAAUCAAUUCGAAAACAAAUCUAUGGUUAAUAACAUUCCAACUCAGAUUAAUCAAAAGAUUAACGCAAAUAGAGACAAAGAAAGGCAAAUUGAACUUACGGAAACUGCGAUGGAGGAAGAGGCAGACAGUCCAAAGCCCAAGGAAAAGGAAAACUAUUUAUGUUCAUUUUGCCCCCGAGUUUUAUCAUCUAAACGAGGCUUGAUGAAGCAUGAAGCAACACUACAUUUAAAUGUACAGCCUGAACUUAACCAGUGCUCAUUUUGUGGGAAAAAUUUUUUGAAAGCCUACUUAAGACGGCAUAUCGAAGUUGUACAUAAGGCGGAACGUAAAUUUGCAUGUGAUAUUUGCGGAAGCACGUUUAAGACGAAAGAUGUAGUGACUCGACAUAGACUUUUGCACAACACUAAAGACUACAACUUUGUUUGCACUGUGUGUGAUAAAAGAUUUACUGAAAAAUCUGUACUCAAAGUACAUAUGCGACUACACACAGGAGAAAUGCCAUUCUCUUGCCAUAUAUGUGAUAAGCGAUUUAGAAUUAGGGGGCAUCUCACUUAUCAUUUGAAACUACAUGAUAAUGCCAAACUAAAGUGUGAAGUUUGUGGCAAAGAGUUUAAACACCCCAAAUCACUGCAUAACCAUUUAUAUGUACAUAGUGGAGUGAUGCCUUAUACGUGCACUAUUUGUGGGUAUGGUAGCCCAAAACGAGAAUACUUCAUGAAACAUAUGCUACACAAACAUGAGAAAGAAAUGACUGCUCGUGAAUUAUUUGAAAUGUAUAAAUCGAACACUGGUAGACCACCACAUGUAAAAGGUGUCUUAAACAUAGAAUUGCUGACUGAAAACUCUCAAGAUGGAGGGAUUUCAAAAUAAUUUCGCACGUAUUUUUUUUGUACAUACAUAUAUACAAUACAUUUAUGUAAAAUAAUAUGUCAUAACAGCGAAGAUAUGCAAAUAUAUUUAUGUAACUCUGACUACUUGUAAAAUAUCAUCUUAUUAAAAAAAAACGUGAUCAAUAUCUAUAAAAAU